AUGCAAUAAAACACAAACCUUUAAAAUAGGAAAUAGAUAACAUGCUUCAGACGAAGGUAGGUAUAAUUAAAAAGGGAGCAAUAUAUCUUUUGGUUUGAAUUCAUUGGAAAUUUCAUGUGUCUUUUAGUAUUUAUGCUAGCAAAUACAUAUGUCUUUCUAUAAAGCUAAGUUAAUAAUCCCUUUGUUUUUGCUUGUGUUUAUGGAAUGUUAAUUUUGGUGGCUUAAAAUAAAAAAUGUACUUUCAAUCUUGCAAUUAUAACUGUGUUAUCAGGACAAGAUAACGGAUUAUGGGUAUCAGUGGCAAUUGGUAGUUAAUUUGGAGGAGCAUUUUUGGCAAGUUUGUUUAGAUUUCUGUGUUUUAAGAAUUAGUAAAAUAUUUAUAGACUACGAACAUUAGUGUGAAUGAUGUUUCAUACAUAGCCUAAACAAAUAUUGAUGCACAUUUUGUAGUGAUCUUUGGGGAAAUAUUCGGUUCUUUAUUUCUUUACGCAGGAUUCAUAUUUUAAUAUGAUGAUAUAAUGGGUUUGUCAUCAGAUAGGUUAGAACAUAGCAUAAUAAUCUGAAUACUUAACGAUGUAGCUAAGAGUAGUUUGAAUCCAGCCAUCGCAUUGGGAUAGGUGAUGUUUUGUAGAUGACUAGCUUAGUGUUGUUUGAAUGUUGUAAGGAUGGAUACUGGUUAGAUUUUGGAACUUAUGGAUUUACUUGGUUUUGCCAUUUUUUGGGGCAUUUUUCUCUUUGGCUCUCAUUAGGGCAAAUUACAAAGACUGCUAUGAAUAAUAAUUUAAGACUAUGA